AUGGACCCCUCUAGCGGUCCUCGCGGAAGAGGCCGGAAGAGUUCUACUUUUCCAAGUACCUUUCCCGUUACUUCAUCACCUCAUAACUCAUCCGAGCAGCCUAUGCAACAACCUUCAUCCGCAGCAUCUUCUUUUUCUUUCACUGCAGAGACCCCGAGCCCUUCCGCUUCUAGAGAAAAGCGAAUUCGCGCUCGCAACAUCGACAGUGCCGGCACUAUGCCAGAAGAUUCCGCCAGCAAAGGAGGACGCUCCUUGAGAAAACGUCCUCGUGUAGACUAUACAUUUGACCAGCUUGAUGACAUUGAGAGCUACGGUGCAAAAUCUACGCCCAGCGCCACCCGCACGUUGAAGAGACGGAAAACUGACUUCGUUCCCAAUGAAAAUGAGACGAACGAAGAUUCUGAAGCUCGCACUAGCAGACGAGCUUCUGAGCAACCUCAGCCGUCAUCAUCUCGCAAACGUAACACUAGAAAGUCUACAGCAGAGCCUCAGACUUAUGUGCCAGAACAGCAGAUGGAUGAUGUCGAAGUACGAGACACCAUUGAAGUUGGUGGGCACCAUAGCGGAGAGUCGGAUGAGUCGAUGCUUAGACGCACUAGCUCUGGCUCUGGCUCCUCAAAUAAUGAGACCAAGGCUCCCAUUCCUAACAUUUCCGUCGACAUGUCUAUUUCUUCGGAAUCCUCACAAUCAUCAAAGCCGUCGGAGACCUCGGAGCCUUCAGUACCUUCAGAACCCUCACAGCCUUCACAACUUUCACUAUAUACCGCCUCGGGUGAGAGCCACCCUAAUCUACAGAAAGCUCAACCCGAAACUAUGGCUAGAAAUGAAGAUGAACUCCGAGAGCAAGAAGAUGAAGCAGAUGAUGAUGAUAUCCUUGACACGGAUGACGAUCACGCCGAACCAGACUUACUGGACCAUCUCACUCCAUAUAUCAAUGGCUCUUUCGUUUACUACCCGGACUACCAGGAUGAUGAGCUCGAGCUGCCGGAAGCCGAGGCAGAGCCCGAGGUUGAUGCCGAAGCUGAUCCGAACGCGGACGCUGAAGCGAACCCUGGUACUGCAGUCAAUGCCGAGGCGGAUCCUGAAGCCGGUCUAGAGCUAGAACCCGACGCAGCUAACGAAGACGGCCCAGAAGUCGUCGCUGUUGAAGAGGAUGCGGCUGUUGGGGACACGCCGGCCGACACCGCCGCAAAUUCGCCCGCUACAGAAUUAGAGCCAUCCGGUACACAGCCAGCAGAUAUGAAACAAUUCCGGUUCAAGCAGGCUAGAAGGGCAUCUGAAUUCACCGACCUAUUCAAAGACAUCAAGUCUUUGUCUCCCAAAGAGCUCUACCAAAGAGUCGAAGUUGCGAACAAGGCUCUCGCGGCAUGGCAAGAUGAGUUCAAGGAGCUGCGAAAGUGGACGGAUGAUUACGAUAAUUCAAUUCGCGCCCACAAAGAGGAUGAAGCCUUCAACCGUCGCUUCAAGGCCACUGUUGCUAGAGACCCUAACGCAAACCCCAUUCAAAAAGACUUUAUCGUCAAGGGCGUUAGAGCCAAGGACACGACAGAACCAGAAGUCGCCUAUGCCCGACAGCAAGACAGAAUUAUGGCUAACGUCUACGGAUUCGAAUAUGAUCCAAGAGCAGAUAAAGUGGGUAAACAGGACCCCAUUGCGCAACGAACUGGCUUGGGUCGCCACGGGCGUCUUCGCGAGAGACCCAAACAGACUGCCAAGGCAGCCGAGGCUGAAGAUCCCAAUAUCAUGCAAGGAAAACGAACGAGAAAGCCACCGGAGAGGUUCAACGAAGGUGAAGCCGCUAGCAGAGGCUCUACCCCAGCUCCAGCCCAACGCCGAGGACGUCGUGGCGCACAGGCACAAGAGAAUGGCGACCAGCAACAAAAUCAAAACCAGCCUCAAGCUCAGGUUCAGAAUACUAGCGCAUUAAAUGUAGCAUCCGAGCCGGUUGAGAAAGAACCGCCCAAGAAGAAAGGAAAAGGCGGCAGACCUCGCAAAAACCCACUCCCGGUACCAGAAGCUCAGCCUACUCCAGACCCAGAACCAGAGCAUGAAGAGCCCAAUCCCGAACCCCAGCUAGUUAGCAACUCGCACCCUAAAGCGCAACUAAGGACGCCGUCUAAGUCGCAAGCCAAACCCGGGCCUAAGGCCAAGCCUAUUGCAGAGCUCACGCCACAGCUCAAUAUGGAAUCCAAACCCGAUUCAGCGCCUUCACUUAAGAGAGGAGUUGAGGAGGCGGCUGUAGAGGAAGAACAACCUCGCAAGCGUAAACGCAAGGCCCCUGCAAAUGCUACGGCGGUUAUAGAACAGGAGGAAGAAGACAAUGUGCCUAAUGGUGCAGAGCCUCUAACACCCUCGAAACCGGCUCGUCGGACAAACUCCCGAAAAUCCGAUAUUCCAUCCGGAUCCUUCAAGACUGCAACUCCUAAGACAGUUACCUCUACGAGUCAUCAACCCGAAGAGCCUCGUCCCCCCACCGCAUCAUCUACCGCAACAGCUGAGACAGUGGCGUCUACAAGUAACUACCAGCUCCGCGAGAAACGUCAAAGAAAGUUCACUAAUGAUAUCAACGAUGAUGACUUCAUUGAAGAACCCAAACCCAAGCGUGCUAAACGCGCCCCGAAGAAAACACAGACCAAGGUCGAGGACCUCACACCUGCUCCAGAACCAGCUCCAGUGCAGCAAUUAGAACAGAAGGCUCCUCCUGCACCAAAACCGCCCACCAAGAUCAAGUUCAAGGUGAAGAACCAGCAUCCUGCCUCUGUGCCCGCUCUUAGCACACCGCCGCUAGUCCCUUCAAACUUAGCACCAAUUCACACCAACAAUACUAUCAACGGGAAUUCCAAUGGCGAUAACGGUAGCAAUGGAUUUGCUGAGCCCAACACCCCCGACGGAGAGAUUGGUGCAGACCCCAACAAGGACUACAAUUCUAUGACUAAGUCUGAAAAGAUGUCCUAUUCUAUGAAAGCUCGAUGGGCAUCUGGCUCUAUGAAUACGGCGGUAGCCAAGCGCCGUGCAACGCUUGCUGCUAAGAAGCAGAGCGCGAAACCACCUGCGGGAGCUAAUUCUACGGCUCUCAACCAAGCAGGAACGCCCACCUCUAGAUCUACACCAGGUGGCGACGAAGACGAUGAUGCCACCGCCCCAAGGCAGUAA